ACAAGAAUCAAGUGACUCAACAGUGACCACUAGCAUCCAAUCCCAGUUAGUAUCAUUCAUUACAGUGCAAAAAAUGCUGUGUCUCAAAACUCAGCUCUCAUUUCCACUUCGCACCCCUUUCUCAUCUUCAAAACACCUCACACACCACCUUCGUUCCUUUCCAAUCAGAUCUUCAAUCAAAACCAUGUCAACUCAAUCCCAAUCCCAAUCCCAAUCCAAAGCCAUUGAACACAUCGUCCUCUUCAAAGUCAAAGAAAACACCGAACCCUCAAAAAUAACUUCAAUGAUCAACGGACUCAGUUCCCUCAUUUCAUUAGAUCAAGUCCUCCACCUUACCGUAGGUCCUCUCCUACGCAAUCGCUCCACUUCAUUAACCUUCACUCACAUGCUUCACAGUCGUUACAGUUCCAAACAAGAUCUCGAUGCUUAUUCCGCUCACCCUAGCCACGUCAGCGUUGUUAAGGGAAAUGUUCUUCCUAUUGUUGAUGAUAUCAUGGCCGUUGAUUGGAUCGCUGAAGAUCUAACCGGUGAUGUUGUUACGCCGCAGGGUUCAGCGAUUCGAGUUACGUUUUUGAAAUUGAAGGAGAAUGUUGUUAGCGAUGAGGUUUUGGAUGUGAUUAAAGAAAUUCCGGAGAAUUUUAAACAGAUUGAUCAACUUACUGUUGGAGAGAAUUUCUCUCCGGCGAGAGCUAAGGGAUAUUCGAUUGCUUCACUUGCUGUUUUUCCUGGAACGAGUGAGUUGGAGGAAGUUGAUUCGAAUCAUGAAUUGGUGAAUUAUCAGAAGGAUAAGGUUAGGGAUCGUAUUGAGAGUGUGGUUGUCGUUGAUUAUGUGGUGCCGCCGCCACCGGCUCAAUCUGCAAGCCUUUGAUGAAUGAUGAAGGUUAUUUCUGUUUAAUAAUGCUUCAGUUCAAUAAUAAUAAUAAUAAUAAUACUGUUAUGAUGCAAUGUAGAACAAUAAUAAGGUUUGAUAUUUCAUUUCAGUGUAUCAUUGCGUAGUUCUGGAACAUUCAACUGAAGCCAAUUCUUAUUUAUGAUUCUUAUAUUUUGGGCUAAUCAUCAUAUUUAAAGAAAAAACUAUUAAUAUUUUUCUUGAA